GUUUCAAAUUUCGAUGGCCAGCCUGAUGCAAAAGCAAUUGUGUGGGUUGAACGUUUUGCCUCGCUGACCGCUUCAGCAUCACGUGAAUACUGCGCUCGUUCUUUUCUUCUUAUUCUCUCUAUUGAUGACUUUGGAACAUCGAUGCAUCAUUUCAGCACUAGACCACCUAGGGAAUUCGCUCUUUGAACCGGGGAUUACAAUUUGUAGUGGCCGAAGGAUGAAAGUGGGGGUGUGCUGCUCGCGCAUUUGUCAGCCCAUCCCAACCCAGUACCGAGCACGAUCAAGCUUCGUCGUAGGACAAUCCCUAUCUCUUCAUAGGGUAGAAGUGACAACUGGGACACCUCAAAUUGAGCGGGUAGCAAACCAUAUCCCUGCUUGCUAAUCAGCACUCGAUGGCAGAGCAGGCACCUGUGCUCUGGUGUAGCCAGUGUAAGAAGCCUUUUUCGAAGCAGUCAAGAUUAAAACGUCAUGGGUACUACUGUCGGUCCAACAAGAAAGAACCAGUACAGAGACGAAGAUCAUGCACAACUUGCGCAAAAACCAAGACCAGCUGUGACAACGCACUGCCAGCAUGCUCGCGCUGUCUCCGGAAAGACAUCACGUGCAAGUACCCUUCAUGGUCUGCAGUGAAAAGACGCAACCCUGUAAAAACACGGCAUGACAUACCCGACCUGCAUGGUUUAGAUCAAGAUCCUACAAACACCAUAGUAUCAGCAGUACCCGAACAGAUUCAGGAUAUUCGAGAGCUGUUACCGGCCCGUGAAAACUCCAUGCUGUCCGCUGAUAUACAGUGGAACCUCCACGACACUGCGACCUUUGACGACUUCAUACGUUCUACACAUGACUUGAAUCUUUUUACAACAACACCAUCUCAUUCGCUAGCUUCAGCUGGCCAGACCCCCGUUUCGCCGUCUUUGUUGCUUCCGGAAACAGCAGAUGUAGCAUUUCAAGAGCAACCUCAACCCGCUUCUCAGCGGCAGCGACAGGAUCACGCUUCAUGGCUGGUGAGCUCUUCCAUCCCACCAAUUCCUAACCAGAAUGUACGAUCAAUGAUGCAACGACCAAAUAUGCGCCCCGGAGCGGACAGAACUGCCAAUCUGUUAUUCUACACUCUUAAAUCUUACCCGCUAAUGCUGCGUCAAAGCACUCUUCCCCCAUUCAUUCACCCGAGCUGCGUUUCAUUCACAGAUGAAGGUACAACAAACGAGCCACUUGAAAACUGCAUUGCCCUAAUACACAUGAUGGCGAAUGGAAUACAAGGAAGCCGAAGGCUUUUCUGGCGCAACGUAAAGCAAGAGUGUGAACGCAUGUGUCAGAACCAGACUCUCGGUAAAUGGGAAUUGCUUGGUGCUAUGCAAGCUCUCUCAGUCUAUGUGUUGAUCCGUCUGGACGAGGGCGAGACUGAGCAUAACAAUGUGGACCAUCUUCUGGAGAAGGCGGUCAUUCUCAUCGCAAUACAACUGUCUCAUGACGACUUUGACUGCCAUGCAAAUUACCUAUCGUGUCGCAACACGUCUGAAAGCAGCUGGCAAGACUGGGUCUAUAAAGAGUCCCGGCGGAGACUUGCGGUUAUCUAUCGCGUCCUGAACAAACUCAUCUUCUUUGAACCAGCAGCUAUGUGCAAUAUGCCUGCGGAAUUCGUGAUUGCACCUUUGCCCGCGAAACGGCAACUCUGGGAGGCAAAAAAUGCACAAGACUGGAAAUCACAGAGCCAAACGGAGCCACAGGGACAAAUUUCGUACGCGUUGGCCGUCGACGGCGAGAUCAUCAAGUUAGAUCAGGGAAGGCUAUCCUGCCGCGACGCGUGGCUACCAUAUGCUCCGUCAGAUAAAGAACCCGCUUCUCAGAUUCACAACAACAGAAGUCGUCACUGCUCAAACUGGUGGGCAGAGUGGUGUUCUGGUAUGGACGGUAUGGGCGGGUUGAUCAUGCUUGUGGCGUCCCUGGCAUAGCGGUAUGAACAUGGGGAUAGGGCCGAGGCGCUCCAAAGACAAACCAUCGGAGAGGACUAGCUAUUUGUAUCCAAGCAUAUUAUUUCAUGUAUGAAAGCCCAUUGUGGUAUGGCGGAGAGUACCAUGAUCAUGGUCGGAGUUCACGCGCGUCGGAUGGAACAAAUUUGUAUCCCAAGCACAGUG